UACAAGGUGUAUGCAGGGCCUCCGUCAUAUACUCAGAACAUGCGUGGCGAGCAGUCGGCCGCUGCUUCUUUCUUCAUGAAUGAAAAUAUCCGCAACGAGUUGGCCUUGCGGAACGCACUCACGCUGGAGACGUUAGCGCCUACGGAUCCAUUAGGUAUUAAUUAA